AUGGAAACUUCUCCAUCAAUUGUAUCAAAUAUCACUGCUCCUCAUGCCCCGGUAGAAGUUCGUUCUUCUUCUAUCCUUCAAGGUAACAAUAAUAUGGAUAUAGAUUAUGUAUAUGCCCCAUUUGAUCGUCCCCCUUCAAGAUUAGGUCGCCGUACUGUUCCCACUACUAAACAACAUAAAAAUUCCAGAAAAAUUUCAAAUAAACGAAGAUCUUCAUAUAUUUCAAUUGAACGUUUAAAAGUUGAUAAUUCUUUCUUAAAAAAUCAAAAUCUCAAACUUUCAUUAGAACUGGAACACUCUAGAAUAACCAUUCAAGCUUUAAAAAAUAUUGUUAAUCAAAAGGAUAUGACUUUACAAAACUUUCGUAAUGAAAAUCAAAGUGCAAUACUUAAAAUUAGAGUAUUAGAAACUUUUAUAUUAAGUAAACAUGCUAAAGAUGGUAGUAUUAUAGUUAGAAGUAAUAAUGGAGGCUGGAUUAAACCAAAACGUCAAAGACGUUGGUCAAUUGAUUUUGGUCCUCGUAAUCAUCUAUCAUUGGAUGAUGAUGUUGACACUACAUUAUCAACUUCUUCGCGUCGUUCACCUACCUCAACAAUAUGUACCAAUGAACAGCGAUCUACGGAAUCAUCACGUGGUGGUAUGCUUAAACGUAAAACCGGAGAUAUUAUUCAAUCCUUGGCAUCAUGUCGUCCCACAAGUACCAAAAUUGGAUAUGAUUCGGAUUCAGGAAUUAGUGGCGAGGAAAGUGACCCGGAAGUAGAAGAUUAUGAAGAUAUUAAUGAACAAGUUAUUAACGAAAAAUUACAAAAACAACGAAAACUAGGAAAACGUUUUCUUAGAAUAUUUUCUUCAUCUCUAACCAAUAAUACUCUUACGAUCAAUCAAACUCCCACAACAAUGACAACAUCUGUUACUCGUAAUUCACAAAGUCGUCAAUAG